GAUAAGUUUGAAUAAGAAAGAGAUUUGUGCUGGUGUGAUGUGUGAGCGAAUACAGUGUAUGCUAUGGGAUGUCAAUAUAGGGGGUAGAGCAAUUGAGUUUGGUGGGAUGUGAACACAGUCCUUCUGUGAGCUUGUGCUGGAUGCACACACCCCGUUAUUUGCUGUGCGGUUGUAUGGCUUUUUGGAGACCACAGUUUUUCAAAGAAAUAUAUUGGAAAACCAACCUGAAAAUUUGCUUUGCUAGCUUUGCAAGCUUUGCAAGCUUAAUCAUUUUUAUCAGCUGUUGUAGGCUUUUAGCCUCAUUCUGCCAGCUUGGAAAGGAAAUUUGGAGUGUGAAGUUGCGAUGCUAAAAGUCGUCUGGGAACCGCUGGUGUAGUGUAAAACCUCUCAAAUUGGUGACUAUUAUGAGGAUCUUGACUGUCCCUAUGUGGAUGGAGUGGAUGAAACAUGGAUAGCGGAAUUAUUGUUUCAGCCCGGAGAGGCGAGGAUAAGACUUCUACAAUGGCUCUUCUCAAGGUUUGAUGGAAAGUUGGCUGAGAUGUUGGACAAUCAUUAUGUACUGAGUGAGACACAAAUGGACUCCAGGCUACAACGCCUUCUACAGAUAGCUUCAAUUAUGGGUUUAUGUAAAGCAGACGACAUUGAUCUUAUAAGGGGUGCAGCAUCUUCGAACAAGCAGGUUGCAUUUUGGGAUCAGCUUCUUGACAUUCUAUGCAUCUCAGAUGCUUCUGACAACCCACAGAAGAGAUCCAUGGCAAGCCCUGGAAUUAUCAGUGAGAGCAUGACCCUUGAUGACCAGUUUGAUCGCGACUGCCAAUACUUGACCACCUUGUCUGGACAGCGUGAUCUUAAAGAGACAUUCUCCACAAAGCUCAACCUUCUACCUCCAGACCUCUUGAGACUGAUUGAGAACAACAUCAAACAACAGGGACUGGAGGGACUAAGACCACAACCCCCAGACAGAGCUAAACUCAAUGAAGUUAUCUUCAAACUGUCGAAGGACCUAGAGGCAUCUGAAGCCCAACUUGAUGCCAUUAAAAAAAAGUAUGACUUCCCAAGAAGUGACCCAACGGCUGUCGAUAAGGUCACCCAGACGCUUAAACUGGUACUGUCUGAGCUAGCUCAACUGGUAACCAGUUUCUCGUACUGCUUUGAGAGUGAGAUGCGCCAAUGGUGUAACAAGACUCCACCUAAGCUGGCAGGACUCGGACCGGCCAUUAAGAGAGUGCACUCUUUGCAAGCGCAGUUUUCCACGGUGAUGGAAGGCUUGAAGUGUAUACAAACGUCCUACACUAGUGUAUGCAGUAUCGGAAAUAAGAGAAUGAAUAAAACAGAAUCUACAAGAAUUGAUAAUCUGGUAUCUGUGAGCCAGGCUACAUUGGAAAGCUUCCAAGAAUGUGUAAGCAUCAUGAACGAGUCACUACAUAGAUGUGAUGAACAAUGGCAGACAAGCACCACCUUGGGGGCUACGUUCAUCAGGUAGCGAUCACCCACACGGAGGCAACAAAAAGUACGUGGGAAGUUUCCUUUGGGGAGUGGCAAGCAAGCACUAUUAGGAACAGUGUUCAUCAAGUCGUGAGUGCGACAGCGAAUGACAGGCAUGUAUGCUUUGUCUUUGAAGGGCGCCUAGGCAUUUUCUCCUUGGUAAAGGGCACCCUACCACCGUAGGGGCAAUAUUCAUCAGGUAGCGAUCGCCAAUAUUGAGACACCCCCCAAAAAAAUAUAUGGAAAGUUUCCUUGAGGAGUGGCAAGCAAGCACCAUUAGGAACAGUGUUCAUCAAGUCGUGAGUGCGACAGCGAAUGACAGGCAUGUAUGCUUUGUCUUUGAAGGGCGCCUAGGCAUUUUCUCCUUGGUAAAGGGCACCCUACCACCGUAGGGGCAAUAUUCAUCAGGUAGCGAUCGCCAAUAUUGAGACACCCCCCAAAAAAAUAUAUGGAAAGUUUCCUUGAGGAGUGGCAAGCAAGCACCAUUAGGAGCAGUGUUCAUCAUCUCGUGAGUGCCACAGAGAAAGACAGGCAUGUAUGCCUUGUUUUUGAAAGGGCAAGGGCACCAAGGCAUUUUCUUCUAAAAGAGGAAACUAUACUUCUACUGGAGCAUUUCAAGGGCACCAAGGCAAUGGGGGCAUGAUGUCAGUGUUCAUCGAGUAGUGAUUGCCACACACAAAGACAAGCAUGUAUGCCUCGUUUUUAAAAGGGCAAGGGCACCAAGGCAUUUUUCUUCUAAAAGAGGAAAUUGUAAAUUUCUACUGGAGCAUUUCUGAUUAGCAGUGUUCAUCACAAAGUGAUUGCCACACACAAAGACAGGCAUGUAUGCCGUGUUUUUAACAGGGCAAGGACACCUUGGGUGAAGAAAUUGUAAAUUUCGACUGGAGCAUUUCAAGGGCAACAAGACAAUGAACAGGGGGCAUGACGAGCAGCAUUCAUCAAUUAGUGAUUGCCACACACAAAGACAGGCAUGUAUGCCACGUUUUUAAAAGGGCAAGGACAUCUAAUGUUGGUAAAGGGCACGCUAUGAGGAAAUUGUGAGUUUCUACUGGAGCAUUACAAGGGCACCAAGGCAAUGACCGGGGGGCAAGGAGGCAACCGCCUCCGUUGCGCUCAUGAAGUAUCAGGCCUGGAAAGACAUUUCAACAACUCUUCAAAGAGGUGGCACAAGGAUUGGCCAACCAGCACCACCAUAGGAGCAGCGUCAUCAGGUAGCGACCACCAACACCAAAAGUUUUGUCCACUGCAUUCAUCAGGUCACGUAUUGCCACACCAAUGUCAAGAAAACCCAACGAAUCUUCACAGAAGUGGAAUGAGGACUGCAAGCCAGCACCACCAUUUGAAAGCAGGCCUGUAUGCUUUGUUUGUUUACCCUUACACCAACGUGACAAUACGACUGGGACCAAAAAAUUAAAUUUUCGCACAAAGAAAUGAGAGUACAAUUAGACGUUUAUCUUGCUAAUCUUAUAUCACUAGUUUAUAGGCAGUGGACACUAUUGGUAAUUACUCAAAAUAAUUAUACAUCUAUUAUAAAAUAAUUA